UAUGGCUAUUCCUACCCUACGCUAUCGAGAGCCUUGCUCAUGGACACUACCACCAUCAUCAUCGUGAAUACAUGUCUUCUACAUGCUAUAUAAUACUUGCCACGCCGCCACCCUUCACCAUCCAUCCACAGCAGCAAGCCUCAGUUCCAUUCCAUCAUCUACAACUUACUUCUUAUUAGCCACUUCAACAAUCUGUCGCUAGCCGAUCUUCAUUUCGAAACACCAGAGCCAUAAUGUCUGACGGUCUCAACGAUGCCCGUGCCAUGCGCGUUGCCGAGAUCAUGACCGACUUCCGCAACCUACAACACUACCUCGUUCAGUUACGCGCCACACCCACUGCGGAAGAGUAUUACCUUGAAGGUUACUCCCUGCUCAGACAGUGCACCAGCGAGGCACAGACUAUCCUCCAGACACCUUUCUCUGGCAGUGCCAGCUCGGGUUCAGGGGACCCCGAGUCUGAGAAGCAGCAAUUGAGGGCUAUCAUCACAGACGCGGCUGUACGACGCUUUCAAUGCCAACGCGCUUACUUACGAGCUCACGCUGGCCUCCGGUGGAUGAACAGCCGCAACAGCAUCUUACGAGGCCAGAAGCCCAAUGCGAGCCAUUUGGGUGCGCUUCAGCAGGCUGAUGCUACGAUGAGGAAUGAACUACUCGCAAUCAGCGAUGCCUACGUAGAAAACACGCUGCGUGCUGCGGAUGCCGCACAAGGCAAGUGGCUGAACGAGGAUCCUUCGCUGGCGCAGAUUCAACAGAUACUCAUGUCCCGACGAUGAGCAUCCAGACAUCGACGACACUACUCGAUUGUAAAACGGGCCCGACUGUACGGUACGAUCGUUUUACUGGAACGCUUCACGACUACCUCCAUCUCUCCAUACCGCGGUGAACCCAGUCACCUCUACGUCGUUUUCCAUACAUUUCUCGUCGGACAGCCCUCCUGUG